AUGACUUGUGGAACUGCUGUAGAUUUGAGUUUAUAUCAAAAUCUUCUCAAGUACACAGCUAUCAGUUCUGAUAUAGCUGGCAGUGCUAUAAAAGCUCUGAAACGUCACUUGUGGUAUUUGUGUCCAGAAAUGGUUACACUGGCUAUUUUUAGUGAUGGUACUCCUAAACCUGAAAUGCAGUACUUUGUAGAGAAGUUGCUAGCAGUAAAACCACCUGAUGAUUUGAAGCUUCCCCAAGAUCUUUACGGGACAGGAUUUGGUAAAUCAAAGUUUCUUGAUGCUAUAAUUGAAAGAACAAGACUUGGCAAUUCGGUUACUGGGGAUUCAUGGUUUAUUGUCCAGCUUUUAGAAAUGGACAUGGAUUUAUUAAACGAUGACAUAGAAAAAUGA